GUGAGAUUGAAACGUUGCUAGGUACUAUGAAAACAACAUGGUGGACGGAUAGAUGAGUUGUGUACAUUGACAAGAUGUCACACAGUACAUACAACAAGCAAUGGUCCGAGGCGGAGUCAGCCUUGGUGGACCUUCUCCAGCAGGAGUUACCACCAGAGCCCCCAAAACCAGAAAAGGAUCGGUUGGCUGCCUUUCAGCUACUGGCAACAAUGUACAUAAAAUACAUACAGAUUUUUCGGAAACUUGAACAAUCCUAUGACCAGAUUGUACAUCCUCAGAAACGCAGGGUUCUGCGUCACGUACUUGAUGGGGCAAUGGGCAGAAUACUGGAGAUAAAACAUGAGAUGGUGAAUCUGGAGUUCUCUGAGUAUCAUUACUUUGAUGAUGUCCUCUCAGAUCUGAAACUUACUCCGAAUGAUGUGGAAAUCCCUAUACCUAAAUACUUCAUCAAUGAAAAAAUGGAAAUAUUGAAAGAAAGAGAAAAAUUGCUUGGACAAAUUUUGACAAAAGUUGGACCACAAGACAAAGAAGAUCAGAAAGAGGAAGUGAAGAUGUCCCUAGAAGAUGCAAUCAGAGUUAUCCAGAUCCAUGAACGUGCUCGGCAAGGACGACUCAGGGCAAAGUUCAUGAAGGAAAUCCGUGAACAGGAGGAGCGCGAGAUAAUGGCUCAGACACGUGGCGCCCCCACACUAGAUCCGGAUGUGGCUGCUGUUAGGAUACAGAAAGUGUGGAAAGGCUUUGCCCAGAGGAGAAGGACAAAAAAGGACAGAGAUGAAGAAAUGGUGUUUAUUGGAAUGGCUCCACCCCCAAUGCCAACAAGUUUGAAGAACACACCUCAAGCCCUUGCACUGAAGACGGAGUCCCAGCGUCGACAGACCCAGGGCACAUACGAACACGAGUUCCAACAGUCUCUGGUCACCAUCAAAGAGAAGAUCCAGGAGACGGAGGGUCCGGACAUCAAGGAGACGAUGAUGGACCAGAUUCGGCAGUGGUUUAUUGAGUGCAGAGAUGCUUCUGGAAAAUUCCCUGAAUAUCCAGAUGAGGAUGAUGGCGGAUCAGCAGCUAUCUUUAAACAGAAAACCCCUGAGGAGUUGGAGGCAGAAAUGAGAGAGAAGGAAGAAGGUGGUGGUAAGAAAAAGGAUAAGAAGGGAAAGAAGAAGGACAAGAAAGACAAAAAGGACAAAAAAGACAAGAAAGGAAAGAAAGGAAAGAAGGGAAAAGGAGGAGAUGACGAGGAGGAGGAAGAAGGCUGGAAGAUGGCCCCUUCUACUUUUGUUCCUGCCAUCAAUGAAGGCACUGAUGAUUACAAAGGUAUCUGGCAGACAAGGGAUGAGAAAGACAACUUUUCACAGAAACACGACUCGGAACUCAUCAAAGAGGAGAAACGGAAGGAGGUAGAGGAGGAAAUCCGUCUGCAGGUUGAUGAGUUGAUGAGGACAGAGCUGAAAAACCUUAAAGCCGCUGUAGACAGAGACAAGGGAAAAAAGAAAGGUAAAAAAUCUGGCAAAAAGAAGAAGAAGAAGGGGAAGAAAAGUGGAAAGAAAGGCAAGAAGAAGAAGAAGGAGAAGGAUUUAACACCAGACAGAACCAUUGAGUCCCUGUAUGAGGAGAUGGUGAUGAACGGAAUCAUUGUGAGGACCCCCAACAUAAAGUUAACGGACUAUGAGGGCGAGUACAGUUACCUUGGUACCACUCUCAGACAGGCCAACAUAGAACCUAUGCCCUCCCUCAGUGAUGUCAGGAGGCUCGUCACAGAGUUCGGCAUCCUUCCUUUAGGCUCCCCGGCUGUCCAUGAGAAAGCCCCCCUCACAAAAUCAAUACUUUUAGCCGGUCCUAGGGGAACUGGCAAAAAAAUGCUGGUCCAAGCAAUUUGUAACGAGACUGGAGCCAACAUGUUCGACUUGUCUCCGGCGAAUAUUGUUGGCAAGUAUCCUGGCAAAGAUGGACUGAAGAUGUUGAUGCAUUUAGUUUUUAAGGUUGGAAGGGAACUUCAGCCAAGUGUAAUAUAUAUUGGAGAUUGUGAAAGAAUGUUUAAAAAGAAAGUGCCGAAGACAGAUCCAACUGAUCCUAAGAGAUUAAAGAAGGAACUUCCUAAAGCACUGAAGACAAUAAAAAGUGAUGAUCGUUUGCUCCUGGUGGGAACAUCGCGCUGUCCAUUUGACGGGGAGAUGAAACCCUUGACCAGCUGUUACCAGAGAAUUAUUCUCAUCCCUCGUCCAGACUAUGCCUCGCGGCACUUGUUAUGGCGACGGAUUAUUUUGAAAAACAAUGGUGUGUUGACCGCAAACCUUGACAUCAGUUCAUUGUCGAAAGUCACGGACGGAUACACGCCAGGUCACUUGGCCACAGCAGUACAGCAGGUCCUCACGGAAAGGCGGAUACAAACACUGUCCAAGAAACCUCUCCAGUCAGUGGAGUUCAUCGCUCCUCUCGCCAGGAUCGAUCCAAUCUAUAAGGAGGAAGAGGAAUCUUUCAAGUCAUGGUAUGCUAAGACUCCUCUCGGUAAGAAGCGGGCUAAGGCUGCAGCUGCUGAUGAUGAUGAUGGAGGCGGUGGCAAGGGAGGAAAGAAGGGCAAAAAGGGGGGCAAAAAGAAGGGAGGAAAGAAGAAGAAAAAGAAGUAGAUGUGAUUUUAGAAAUAUAUUUCCAUUUCAAGACUGUGAUAACAAAACAUUAUAUAUGUUGGUGUUAAACAUCUCCAAUAAUUCUUUUUUGGAAAAACUUACAUGGAUUUUUUUUUUUAAGAUCUUAAACAUUCCUUACUAUUUAUUGAUCCGGAAGGGAAAUUGUUUACAAAAACUUUUCUCUUCUUGUAUUUUUAUGGCGACAUCGUGAUAUUAAUUUCUUCCCUUUUUUCCCCCAUUCAUCAAAUUAUGACUAGGAAAUUGGUUUUGAAUGUAUAUCCAUAAUGUUUAAGGAUUUCGACUCAAAUUUUAUUUUAUAUGACUUCUACCAUACUUUACAACCGGAAAUAAUGUCAAUAAUCAUGUUGUUUCCCCUUUAUAUUUACCAGGAAAUAUGGUAAUUAAUCUGUUUAUUUUGUAAAAUGUUUUAUGUAUUGUUGUAUAUGAUCAGGUCAUCAAUUACCAGACACUUCCUGGUUGUGUAAUAAAGUAUGAUUUGUGUAAUG